AUGCGAGAGGAUUCACUGACUCGUGAAUCUGGACGCAAGGUGCACCAUGCCAGUAUCCAAGCCUCAAAGGCGGUGGCUGACAUAAUUCGGACUACGUUGGGUCCAAGAUCUAUGUUAAAGAUGCUUCUUACUGCUACAGGAGGAAUUGUGGUCACAAAUGAUGGGAAUGCCAUUCUACGUGAAUUAGAUUUGGCUCACCCAGCUGCGAAGUCGAUGAUUGAAUUAAGCCGAACACAAGAUGAAGAAGUUGGUGAUGGAACAACUUCAGUCAUUGUUCUUGCUGGUGAGAUGCUUCAUGUUGCUGAAGCUUUCAUUGACAAGAAGUAUCAUCCUACAGUGAUUUGCCGAGCUUACAAUAAGGCUCUUGAGGAUGCUAUCGCAGUGCUUGACAAGAUUGCUAUGACCAUUGAUGUUAAUGAUCGUAUCACAAUGUUGGGGUUAGUGAAGAGCUGUAUAGGCACCAAAUUUACUGGCCAAUUUGGUGAUCUGAUUGCUGAUUUAGCACUUGAUGCAACCACAACAGUUGGUGUUGAUCUUGGCCAAGGUAUACGAGAAGUGGACAUUAAGAAGUACAUAAGGGUUGAGAAAGUCCCUGGCGGCCAGUUGGAGGAUUCCAAGGUUCUCAAAGGAAUUAUGAUCAACAAAGAUGUUGUUUCCCCUGGCAAAAUGAGGAGAAAAAUUGUCAAUCCCCGUGUUAUUCUACUUGAUUGCCCUCUCGAAUACAAAAAAGGGGAGAGUCAGACAAACGCAGAGUUGGUCAGAGAAGAGGACUGGGGAGUCCUACUUAAAAUGGAGGAAGAAUACAUUGAGAAUCUCUGUGUGCAAAUAUUGAAGUUCAAACCCGACUUGGUCAUAACAGAAAAAGGGCUUAGUGAUCUGGCAUGCCAUUUCUUUAGUAAAGCUGGAGUCAGUGCAAUCAGGAGAUUGAGAAAACCAGACAACAAUAGAAUUGCCAAGGCAUGUGGGGCUGUCAUUGUCAACAGACCAGAUGAGCUUCAAGAAUCAGAUGUAGGAACUGGGGCUGGGCUUUUUGAGGUCAAGAAGAUUGGAGAUGAGUUCUUUACAUUUAUUGUUGAGUGCAGAGAUCCUAAAGCAUGCACUGUUCUUUUGCGAGGUGCUAGCAAGGAUCUUUUGAAUGAAGUCGAAUGCAACUUGCAGGAUGCCAUGUCUGUUGCUAGGAACAUCAUAAAGAAUCCAAAACUUCUCCCUGGUGGUGGUGCUACAGAGUUAACUGUAUCUGCUACAUUGAAGCAAAAGAGCUCAUCCAUUGAAGGCAUUGAAAAGUGGCCUUAUGAAGCUGCUGCAUUAGCGUUCGAGGCUAUUCCACGUACUCUAGCACAAAAUUGUGGUGUCAAUGUCAUUAGGACCAUGACUGCCCUGCAGGGGAAGCAUGCAAAUGGUGAAAACGCUUGGAUUGGUAUAGAUGGGAAUACUGGUGCAAUUACAGAUAUGAAGGAGCAAAAGAUCUGGGAUGCUUAUAAUGUUAAGGCACAAACCUUUAAGACGGCCAUUGAAGCUGCAUGUAUGCUUCUUAGAAUUGAUGACAUUGUGAGUGGAAUCAAAAAGAAGGAAGCUCCUGGGUCCCAAGCUCCAUCAAAGCCUACCAUUGAACAAGAAGGAGAUGCAGACAAUGAGCAGAUGAUACCCGAAUAG